UGCUCUCGAGCUUCAGGCUCACUGCGGCGAUUCCGACGGCACAGGAUAGAUUCAUCGACUGGUGGAGCGCCGCCACCCUCAACACCCCGCACUCGCUUCGCAAAGGCUUUGCCUCCCUUGUCGUCCUUACUGCUUGGAGCCUUUGGAGACACCGUAACACCGUGCUCUUCGACUCCGCCUGCCCAUCCGCCGACCUAGUGACGCAAAGCAUCCUUGACGAGUCACGGACCUAGGCCCUGGCUGGGGCUAGAGGAGUAGCCGCGAUCACCCAAUUUGAGCCCGCCCUAAGCGCGCCUAUGCUCUGUUUCCCGGGCUGAGCAUCCCGAUCCCUUCCUAUUCUUUUUUUUAGACAAACCAAGCUUUUUAUUCAUAAUCCCUUCCUAUUCCUAGUUGCACGCUCUCCCGCUGGUGUUGGAGUUUGUAAUUGGGCCUCUGUAACUCUUGCUUUCUACCUAUCAAUGAAAUGAUACGCAACUUGCGUAUUCGCGUAGACAUACUAGUACGUACUAGUAGCAACAAAAGUGUAAAAGCAAUGAGCAACACACCGCGCUACACGCACUCCGUACAUACUCAAUGGCACAGCGAUGGCUACUUGUCACCUGCCUCCACCUCACGUUUGCAUCAGCACAUCAGCCCAAGCCGGCAUCGAUCUCAGCCGUCCAUCGCAUACAACACCCAGUAAUAUUGUACCACCUGGCGGCCCCGAUUCCUAUCUCUUCCUGUCACCGCGUCCCCACCCCCUCCUUCGGCGGUCUUCGCUCUGCAGCCUCUGCUGGUUCCGCUCCAUCCAAUCGUCCGUGCUCCAGCCAUGGCCGCACCAGCUCUCCCCCUUGCCAACCACGCCGCGCCCACGGCCACGGCCAGGUACCUCCACCGCAACCACCAGUGGCUGCAGCCCAAGAGGCCCGGCUUCCUCACCGCUCGGCCUCUCCGGCAGCCGCGCCGGGCGCUCUCCGCCGUGCCGGAAACCAAGGAGGAGGAGGCCAAGACGGCCGAGGAGAUCACCGAGAAGUACGGCCUCGAGGUCGGCCUCUGGAAGAUAUUUAGCUCGAAGGAGGAGGAAGGGGAGGAGGGGAAGCCGAAGAAGUCGAGAACGGAGCAGGCCAAGGAGCUCCUGGGCAAGUACGGCGGCGCGUACCUGGCCACCUCGAUCACGCUCUCGCUCAUCUCCUUCACCGCCUGCUACCUCCUCAUCAACGCAGGCGUCGACGUCCAGCAGCUGCUCGGCAAGAUUGGGAUCGCCACGGACGAGACCGGAGGCAAGGUGGGGACAUUCGCGCUGGCCUACGCCGCGCAUAAGGCCGCGUCGCCGAUAAGGUUCCCGCCGACUGUGGCGCUCACGCCGGUGGUGGCCAACUGGAUAGGGAAGAUCACCAAGGGAGGCGACUGACUCGACUGAUGCAGCAGUAAAGUAUAGGCACUUCGAUCGAUGUGCACUUGCUGGUAGUUCAUGCAUCACGCCAAGCUUAGAUGUUCUAGUAGUGUAAAUGAAAUCUGGCUAAAGUACGAUUUUGCCUACUUGUUUUUUAUGUUUGCUGCUCUUGUAAAACAGGAUAGUAAUCCCGAUGUAUCAGAGACAAACUAGUACUAGUAACUGGGAACAUAUCGAAUUUUAGCUAGUAAUAACAAUGAAUGAUGAGUCCAGAAACCUUCAAUGCU